AUGAGGCUGCAGUCAAGUAUCUCUUUUUGGAGGGUAACACGAACUAAGAAAAAAGCACAUGGCUUCCAGAAGGGGGACAUGGACAUUGGACAGCAGACCCCAAAUGUUACUCUGUCGAGAAACCCUGAAGACAUGCCCAAAUCCGAGAACCCAGAUGCUCCCUUCUGGAUAAGGGGCGUUUCUGGGAAGGAAACUGGGGUGAAUGAGGAGCUCGGCAUCUGCAGCGACGGCCAGUGUUUCCGCUGUGACCAGCACAUUGGAUGCCGAGGGGGUGGUAGAUUCAUCAAUAAAGAGUCCUCAAAACCCAAGACCACCACCCUUGAGCCCAAUAGAAAGGCAGAAGUCCAGGCCAGCGUUCUCGCUCUCUCCUCUCCCUUUGCUCCUGACAAUGCUGUGUGUGCUUCCAGCUUGCCAACUGUCCCACUGCCCGAAAUACCAGUGAAGCCCCCAAAGCCACAGCAGUACCGAAAGCCUCAGCGAAACAUGGUAACUGGAAGGGGCGGGCUGCUUCCCCACCUGAAUUCCAGCCAGGAGCAAGACGCAGUGGAACAUGAGGCAUGUGGAACACAAGGUGGACCAAGGAGGCGGCGGCGCGGUGGCUCGGAGGUGCCGGGCCCUCUCGGGGCCGCGGCGGCGACGGCGGCGGCCGCAGCGGCGGAGGAGGGCGGCGUCAGAGAGGCCGGCCCUCGCCGGGAGGAGAACGCCAUGAACGGCGACCGGACCGAGAGCGACUGGCAGGGGCUGGUGAGCGAGUACCUGGUGUGUAAAAGGAAGCUGGAGAGUAAGAAGGAAGCCCUGCUGAUCCUCUCCAAGGAGCUAGACACGUGCCAGCAGGAACGGGACCAGUACAAACUCAUGGCCAAUCAGCUUCGAGAGCGUCACCAGUCCCUGAAGAAGAAGUACCGCGAGCUCAUCGAUGGAGAUCCAUCACUUCCCCCUGAAAAGAGGAAACAGGCUAAUCUUGCACAACUAUUGAGAGAUUCUCAGGACCGAAAUAAACAUCUGGGAGAAGAAAUUAAAGAACUUCAGCAAAGGCUCGGAGAAGUCCAGGGCGACAAUAAGCUGUUGAGGAUGACAAUUGCCAAACAGAGGCUGGGAGACGAAGAAAUCGGCGUGCGGCACUUCGCGGCCCAUGAGCGUGAGGAUUUGGUUCUGCAGCUGGAGAGAGCAAAGGAACAGAUUGAGUCUCUGGAGCAUGACCUGCAGGCCUCUGUGGAUGAGCUUCAGGAUGUUAAAGAAGAGCGGUCUUCCUACCAGGACAAGGUCGAGAGGCUCAACCAGGAGCUGAACCACAUCCUGAGCGGCCACGAGAACCGUAUCAUUGAUGUGGACGCCUUGUGUAUGGAGAACAGGUACCUUCAGGAGAGAUUAAAGCAACUUCAUGAAGAGGUCAACCUCUUAAAAUCUAACAUUGCCAAAUACAAGAACGCUCUUGAGAGACGGAAAAACUCAAAAGGCCAGAGCAAAUCCAGCAGCAGUGCUCUGACUGGGGUCCUGUCUGCAAAGCAAGUUCAGGAUCUGUUAUCUGAGGAUCACGGGUGCAGUCUCCCAGCUACUCCACAGUCCAUUUCUGAUCUGAAAUCUCUGGCAACAGCCCUGUUGGAGACAAUCCAUGAGAAAAACAUGGUCAUCCAGCACCAGAGGCAGACCAACAAAAUCCUAGGGAAUCGGGUGGCUGAACUGGAGAAAAAAUUAAGAACUCUGGAAGUUUCUGGUUUGUGGAGUCUCCCAGGGGGCAAAGACACCAUACUGUUCAGUGACCCCACUCUUCCCACCAUGCAGAGGUCAAGAUCCCCACUGCUCAAGUUCGUGGAGCAGCCCGCUGAAAACAAAGCAAGUCCCAAGGAUGGGGAGGCUCAGAAGCAAGAUGAAAGUUGUGCUUCUCCUGAGGCGUUGGCAGUGCGGGAGGAUGCCGGGAGGCUUGCUGUCAGCUCCCCAGCAAGUCAGAGCCACAGGAACCAAAGCAAGCACUUUCAUCCCUCAUUACUCCAAGUACCUUCUGAGGAAGAAGAGGUAAACAGGCUUGGGAGGGAGACUGUGAAACUGACAGAGGAGCAGGCAGCUGCAGGCCCAGAAGGGGUCAGGAGAGAGAGUCCCGUGGAGGGUCAGAGGGAGGAGAUGGGGCCUUCCCCCCCAGGCCUGACCGCCGAUGGGCCGUGCCCCAAACCUUGCCCGGACUCCUCUGAGUCCAGGCAGCCAGAAGCCAAAGUUUCCACCCUGGCGGAUGAUAAGGACGCUACAGAGGGUGGAGGAGGCAUAAGGAGCACUGUGAAAACAUGA